UCUUAUCUUUCAAUUUCCCCCCCUCCCUCCCUACCUCUCUCUCUCUCUCUCUCUCAAUUGCCCAAACCCUACACAUAAACUCACGCAGAAAUGGCCUCAAUCUCAUCAAUUUUGUCUCCCAAUCUGCUCCAACAGCAGCCUGGAAAGCUCUUCUCAACCCACCAACCGCAGCCCUCCAAGGUCUCUCCCAAAUCUCGUCCCUUUCUCCCUCCAAUUUCCCUCCACCUCUCUGUCUCGCGCUUCCGUUUGGACGCUCCGGAACCAUCCCGAAAGAUCUCUGCUUUCGCCCAAGAAGCAGCUGUAUCGACGGCACCGGACCCGUCGUCGGAUGGGGCGCGGAAGCUGUACGUCGGAAACAUUCCGCGGACUGUCGACAACGAUGAGCUACACCGCAUUGUCGAGGAGCAUGGCGCCGUGGAGAAGGUGGAGGUCAUGUAUGACAAGUACUCUGGAAGGAGCCGCCGAUUUGGGUUUGUUAUCAUGAGGACGGUUGAGGAUGCAAAUGCUGCUAUUGAAAAGCUAAAUGGAACAACAAUUGGAGGGCGUGAGAUCAAAGUAAACAUAACAGAAAAACCUUUGACAACUGUUGAUUUGUCAUCUCUCCCAGCUGACGAUUCCCAAUUUAUUGACAGCCCCCACAAAGCUUAUGUUGGUAAUCUGGCAAAAACAGUAACUACAGAGACACUAAAAAACUUCUUUGCCGAGAAGGGGAAGGUUCUUAGUGCAAAGGUAUCACGAGUUCCAGGGACCUCAAAGUCCAGUGGGUUUGGAUUUGUCACAUUUUCUUCAGAAGAUGAUGUAGAAGCUGCUAUUUCAUCCUUAAACAAUGCUUUGCUUGAAGGGCAGAAAAUCCGCGUCAACAAGGCUUAGUUAGGAGGAACAUGGUGUAAGACACUGAGUAGUAUGUCUUGGAGAAGAUUGGGGAGAGUGAUUUGCACUUAACUGACCCUUGAAGUGGUAAUUGGAUGUUCUUUUCUGUAGAGUCAUGGCUCAUGGAGCAACAACAAAGCAAUAUUGCUGGCAGUUGUGUUUGUUCCCAGAGAAAAAUUUCCACAUCCCAGUAUUGGCAGCUGUUUCUUGUGACCUCCUUCUUGCUUCGUGUCCGAUGAUGAGAUUAACUGACAGCGUACUAGAGUUUUUUUUCCUAUCAUAGUUGUAUGUAGCUGUGAUCGAGGCUUGUAUGUUGUUAAUAACUAUAUAUAUGUAUCUGAUCUCACAGGCUUCAGCUUCGUGCUCUGUAAUUGCGCGUUUGAGUCAGUCGGAUGUUCUUCACAUCUUUCAAUGUAUUUUCCGACCGUUCUAAUAA